CCCGGAAGAAAAAGACAAAGCCAUAACCAGAACAAACAACUCAGUGAUGAACAUGGUCAUGAGGAGAAACUUGAGCCUCCUCCUCGUCCAGCUUCUCCUCUCCUUAGUUGGCCUGGUUUUCUCAGCGCCCAACGAAGAGCCCAUUGCCUCCAUUGCGCCACUCUGUCAAGAUGGGGCCGGAAAUGCCAAUAGAACCCCGUGUGUGUCUUGCAUAGAAGUGGGCACAGCCUAUGUGGGCUUCAAUCUCCUCACGGAGCCUUUGGUGAGUGAUUCGGAUCGGGAUUGUGCCGACAAGUGCGAGAAACAAGAAAAGUGUCAAUUCUGGACGCGAGACAAGACUCGGCGAAGGUGUUACCUGAAAUGGUCUCGAGGGGACGAUAUCCGAUCCUGGGCGGAUCACGUGUCCGGGAAGUGGAACUGCCCAAUUGUGAUACAACCAAACACCACCAUAAGGGUCAAGAAGGAUGACGAGUCAUUUUGGCAUCGAAAAGAAGCAUUGGUGCCGAACAAAACGUCACAGAUGUCAGCGUCAUUGAUGGUCCCAGCGCCCAACAACACCUCCAAACCUUUGGUUCAUGUCUAUCAUCGGGGGCGUGGCCGGCCCGUUCUCCAAGGCAUCCCGGCUACCUUUGGGAGGCCGGUCAGCACGCAUUUUGAAGGCCACGCCCUAUUGGUCACUCCAAGCCUUGGUUGCGAGGAAAUUGCCCCUCCCUAUUCCAUCAUUCGAAUGAGCUAUCUCCAUUUAUUCGCGGUCAUCGAACGUGGCGAGUGCAAAUUCAUUGAGAAGGUCAAGCACGCUCAAGAGGCUGGAUAUGAAGGAGCCAUUAUUCUGGAUAACCAGGAUCACUCUGGGUUCUCGCGCAUCACAGGAGAUGACGCUUCGAUAACCAUUCCUGUGAUUUUCUUGCUCAAGGAUGAGGCGGAUCGCUUCCGAAAUAUGCUCAACAUCGAAAUCAUCAUCAACGUUGUCAUGGAAGAUUCCAAGUUCUUCUCGCCCGUGGCCAAGAUAAAAUUGCAGAAAACUGAUUCGCUCGACCCCUCCAAUGAGGCCAUUGAGGUUGAUGCCAAUCCGGAGAUUCGUUUCAACCCCAUGGGACCGUCAGUGCAUGAUCGCAAUGUGGUCUCAGACCUCCGGGGGAGUCGAGCCACUGCCAAAUGGCAAAAGAACCUGGGGAUCUCGGCCGAGUGGUUGGGCUACUCGCCCGUGAUGAUUUCCGUCUUCGUUGUGAUUGCCGUUCUCAUCCUAUUGUUGAUCAUAACCACAGUGGUUUAUGUCAAGCACUGUAGCUCAAGAUACCGACGCCGCCAGCAACGUCGAACGCGUUGUCAACAAGCUGUCCGCGAGAUGGAGGCACACUACCGCAACCAAUUCAGCCAAAAGUCCUUGGACCAAAGUCGCCCGAUUCCCUCGGUGAGCUCAUCAAGUGCCGUGUUGGAUCUCCAGCAAACCGCAAAACUACUGGAGUGCCCGGUGUGUCUGGAAACGUCGUGGCCCCCGCGCAAGAUCUUUCAAUGCAUGCAAGGGCACAUUAUCUGUGAUAUCUGCAAAAGCCACCCCCAACUCACCACGUGUCCAAUUUGCCGCCAAGUCCUGAACUCGAGGUAUGUCAGCCGCAACCUGGCCCUAGAGAACCUGGCUGUGAAUCUCCUGGAGCAGGCCCAAGAGGGCAUGCUAACGCCCAGUCUGCCCCGACCGAAACGGACCAGCAGUCACACCACGCUGGAUAUUCACUCCGUUGACUCGGACUCGAACCAGGCGCCAGGCACGCCAUCGGCGCCCUCCAUGGAAGACAUUUUGGCUGGGAUCGCUGUGGAAAGUGUGUCCAAUCACGGCGAGGACUUGGAAGACCAAACGCCCCUCACCGUGGUCUUGCCGCCUGAGAAUUCUCGUUAG